AGGGGGAAACUGGCCGCACGGACAGAGCCGUCGGAUUGGGGCAGCAGCCGGCGAGUGGAUCCGGCAACUCCCAAGAAUCAGACGCAGGCGGACCGGCGGGUGCCGGGUGCUGGAAAACGAAGGCCAGGCUUUCCCCGCGGGUCUGUGAAGGUCAGCAGCUCCAGCGGGUGCCAGUCAGCUUUAAGAAAAAGUAGAAAUCACUCCUGACUGUACUGAAUAGCAAAAAUUAAGUGACUUUUCCUGUACUGCAAAUCAUGGCACUACCAUUCCGGAAGGACUUAGAAAAGUACAAGGACCUGGAUGAAGAUGAGCUCCUUGGAAAUCUAUCAGAAGUAGAACUGAAACAACUGGAAACUGUUCUCGAUGAUCUUGACCCUGAGAAUGCCCUUCUGCCUGCAGGGUUCCGGCAGAAGAACCAGACGUCAAAGUCCGCCACAGGGCCGUUUGAUAGAGAACACCUCCUUUCAUACCUGGAGAAGGAGGCAUUGGAGCAUAAGGACAGGGAAGACUAUGUGCCCUACACUGGAGAAAAAAAAGGGAAAAUAUUUAUCCCUAAACAGAAGCCUGUACAGACUUUCACAGAAGAAAAAGUAUCUCUUGACCCAGAAUUAGAAGAAGCUUUGACAAGUGCUUCUGAUACAGAAUUGUGUGACCUUGCAGCUAUCCUUGGGAUGCACAAUUUGAUAACGAAUGCACAGUUAUGUAAUAUAGUGGGAAGUAGUAAUGGUGUCGACCAAGAACAUUUCUCAAAUGUGGUGAAAGGUGAAAAGAUUCUUCCAGUAUUUGAUGAGCCACCAAAUCCAACCGAUGUUGAAGAGACUUUAAAGAGAAUUAAAGAAAAUGAUGUUCGUCUUGUUGAAGUCAAUUUGAAUAAUAUAAAGAAUAUCCCAAUUCCAACUCUAAAAGAUUUUGCAAAAGCUUUGGAAACCAACACACAUGUGAAAUAUUUCAGUCUUGCAGCCACCCGGAGCAAUGACCCUGUUGCUGCUGCUUUUGCAGAUAUGCUGAGAGUGAACAAAAAUUUGAAGAGCUUAAAUAUGGAGUCCAACUUUAUUACAGGAGCUGGGAUUCUAGCACUGAUUGAUGCUUUGAGAGAUAAUGAAACCCUGGCAGAGCUCAAGAUUGACAAUCAGAGGCAACAGUUGGGGACAGCUGUGGAAUUGGAAAUCGCCAACAUGCUUGAGGAAAAUACAAAUAUCCUUAAAUUUGGUUAUCAGUUUACACAGCAGGGACCCCGAACCAGGGCAGCUAAUGCUAUAACAAAAAACAAUGACUUAGUUCGCAAAAGACGAGUUGAAGGAGACCACCAGUAAAUCCACCGAGAUACAAUCUUUGGGAGACUUUAAAAGGUCACCAAGGGCUCAUGUUGGUGAUGUCAGAUGUAAAAUUUUCCUGGAUAGAAGGGAAAAGACUGGAAAUCUUUUUUUUUUUUUAACUACAUGUAUCUUUUUUCUAGUUUACAUUGUUAUCAGUUUCAAAUUGCAAAAUCAAUAGUAGGUGAUAUUUUGUAUUUUCUAACAUUAUUUCUUUCUGCUAAAAUCAGUUUUAAUUUAGCUUAAAUGGUUUGUAAGGAGUCAUGAGUUUAAAAAUGCAAUUGUAAAAAAAGUUUAGGAAAUCAUUUACGUAGAUAGUAUGAACAUUUUAAGGACCGAUCUUUUUUAAAUCAAAAAGGGACAUUACUGCCAUUAGAAUUGCUAUUGUACCUGUUAGGUACAAGACAUUCACAGCUUUCCUUACUCCAUCACAUGGAGCCCUUUCCUGUUUUAGAAUACAUGAACUUGGCAAGAGUGUGCUUUUUGCUUCUAUCAAGAAAGCAAGAUACCAGAGUUUUAAAACGACUCCAAAUCUGGUCAUCGGCUGAGAAAUAAAAGCCGGUCUGUUGGGGAGAGAAAGGGGCCUUCUGCACAUUCCUGGUCACUGCACUUGUCCACUGUGUCACCAACACCUGGACUUGUUUCAACAAAGUCAUCAGCUUGGCCAGGUUAGUACUUUGUUUAAAAGGACAGUUAUGGCUAAAUUCACUAUAGUUUUUUAUUUCAAUAAUGUGGGCAUUACUAAAUUUUUGUGAAAGCUCAUAGUAAAAAGCAUCGAAGUAGACAAGCUGUUUUCUUCCCUGUAAAAGGCAUACAUAUAGUCAACUCUUGGUUAUUUAGGAUAAUAAAAAAGAAGGCGGUAAUUAAACACAUGACAUCGAAGAUAACAAACAUGAUGGAAUUUAAGUCUGAGGCACAUGCCAAAUAGUCACUUAAACUGAUGCUUACUGUAAAUUAGAAACUGGCAUGUCUAUGAAUUGUGGCACAGUAUCGUGAAAGUUUGUGUGUGCACUGCAGAAUUACAACAACAAUACUGAAUUGGCAUUCCACGAAUUUUCCAACCAGUAGGGAAAACUGUUCUUCAUCCAUCUACUUUUUUUUUUUUAAUUUUUUUUUUUCAACGUUUAUUUAUUUUUGGGACAGAGAGAGACAGAGCAUGAACGGGGGAGGGGCAGAGAGAGAGGGAGACACAGAAUCGGAAACAGGCUCCAGGCUCUGAGCCAUCAGCCCAGAGCCUGACGUGGGGCUCAAACUCACGGACCGCGAGAUCGUGACCUGGCUGAAGUCGGACGCUUAACCGACUGCGCCACCCAGGCACCCCUCAUCCAUCUACUUUUAUAUUCCCUUUCAUCGUCUGGCUUUUUUGUCCAUAUUGUGUAAAAGGAAUCUCUCACAAGAGAAGUUUCUUCGUACCGCUCACGGUAUUCAAACGAGCACUUGCACAGUGUACCAUGGUGGGAUGUGGACCUGUUCAGGGCAGCGCCUGGAGCAGACGAUGGCAGAGUUGGCCCAGCUACAGAGGGCAGGCAGGAAAAAAUCUGAGUAAUACUGACCCCCGAAAUUGAGGCCUGACUGUCCUCUAUCACUUACACGGAGUAAAGGGAAGAAUCCCAGUUAAAAGUAGGGAUAGAUGUGUUGAUUCUUUUAAAAAGAAUUUUUGAAAUUGAAUUAUAAAACGUCACUCCUUUGGCUUGGACAGUUUACUUAUUGAGCUAGGCAGCUUCUUGUGUGUGAUCUGGUAUUAACCCUUCUCAACAGGCAAAAGCUUCCCUCAGAAGAAGUGGGUGUCUUUGUUUUUCUGAAUCAAUAUCCAGUGUUUUAAAGGGGCCAAAGAUCGACUUUGCACUAUUCCCUUUGAGUUAGAGACCACUGAUUUUUUUUUUUCCAAGUUAGCAAGGGUUUCUGUGUGUGUGUGUGUGUGUGUGUCCCCUUUUCAUAUGCAACUUUGGAAAUGUACUUGACUUUAGAGACUGCACCCUUCCAGCAGGAUGGGGAGUCAGCACGGAGCAGGCACCCAGGGCUUCCUUGCUUGCUUUGUCUAUAAGUCAAUGAACUGAUAAGUAUGUUACCCCUUCUAUCAUCAGGUUUUUUUUAAUAGACAUAAGCGAGACCCUACAUAGUGUGUGUAUGGUACUUACGGGUAAUCUCUUUUUCACUGAUUAUUUACCUAAGUAUGAAGAAGUUAAGUGUUUAGCUUAUACCAUUCCAGUUCUCAGCUGUGACAGUGCAUUAUAUAAUUGAAGAAAAGAUUUCAUCAAUAUCUUUAAAGCUGAACAUUCAUCCAACUGAAUACAGAAAAUCUUUUCAAGAGUUGUAACUACAAGGGAGAAAACUGGUGUUUACUUUGAUCUUUGAAACUCCAGCACCUCUUAACCAUUUAGUAACAUUCAGUAUUUCUAUAUAGAGCUCUAAAGCAUUGUAAGAGAUUAGGGUUCUCACAUAGUCUUGAUUUUUAAACCAAAGAUUUUUCUAAGACCAUACAUUCUGUAGGCUAACCAAUUUAAACUUACCUGGUUAUCUAAUCAAAGAAUAUUCUUUGCAUUUUUAAAUUGCUGUUUAAAGGCUUUUAAUUGCCCAUUUUGAAAAAUUUUAUAUUUGUCUGAAGAUCUCAUUUUUCAAGUAUGUCUACAUGAAAUUGUAUUGAAAAACAUCAAUAUUAAUAACUAAUGCCGAUAUUAUUAAAGUGGAUUUUGGUGCUAUAAACUUGUAGCUAAAAUCUAGUAGAAUUCUUAAGUAUAGGUGAAAUACAUUCCUAAAGGUGCCUGUCAUUUAAAAGACCAAAUAUACAUUUUGUGUUUUAAAAAACUCACUGAUUGUUAGAGAUUUCAAGGAGAAUUAUCUUGGUCAUUAAAUUGCAAAUUCUUGUUAUUUGAAUGAAGUAACCCACAUACUCGCUUUGUGUAAUAGAUGCACUCUGGAAAAGUUACAUGUAAAUAGAACUUUGUAAAUGGUUUUUCCAGUGACAGUAUCUGAUGUAUCUUCAUUUAAAAAGGGGAUUCCAUGGUAUAAUAAAAAUUAUAAAA